AGGAAGAGAGGCAGACAAAUGAAAACCAAGCCCAACCUAAAUUCACAGAAUCUGGAGACAAACAACAAACGGAGACAGGAAAUGAUUUCAAAGUGGAUGAAGAAACACCAGCUCAAAAGCAAGACGUUAAAGCACUUGAGGAUAAAACACUGAACAUUGAGGCAAAGGUAGAAGAUGACAUACUGCGUCAUAUCUUACAGUUGGCCAAUGAUGACAGCAAGAUGCAUAACAAGGCAGAUAAGGGUAAAACGGUCAAGAUGGAGAAGGGCACUGAGGCAAGUGAUGCAAGUGAUAUCCCAUUAGCUGAAGAGAGCAACUUCCCUUUGUUCCAGAAUCCAAAGAGUCAAGUUGGUAUAGAGGCAAAUUCAGCCUUAACAAAGCUAAAUAUUGCACAUGUAAAUAACACAAGGACAAAGGAGAGUUUAAAAAUUGAAAGACAUAUGUUAACCCUCCCGCCCACUUGUGCACGACUUAAGAUGAUCACGGGCGAUAUUUUAGGUGUCUCGUUUACAAAAUUAAAGCGGGAAGAAGUGCACACUCAGCAAAGCAGCAAACAGGAACCUAAACCUUGCACAGAAAUACCAGUACUUGAGAAAGAAUGUCUGAAGAAGGAAGUGCACUCUCCUGAAUGCUUCAAGGAGGAAGAAGAGAAAGGUCCUUUCGAGCAGAAGCAAAACCAAGAAUCUGAGAUGCUCACAGAAGACGAGGAACGACACCAAGAUCAGGCGCCUGGUGACCACGACGGGAUGAAGGAUGAUGAUUGUCUGCAAGAGCCUGAAGAUACAACAACAAAAGAACCUGCUGAAGUCCUGUGCUCCUCGCUUACAGAGCAGAAACGAUUUACUUGUGAGUUCUGUGGAAGAAAUUUGGUGAACAGCUCUGAACUGAAGCGUCACGUCAUGCGGCAUGGAAUCUAACAGUCUUUUCCACGUUUUUUUUAUUUGGGUUUCCAUUUUAUGGAAAGUUCCUUCCAGUGUUGUGUUGAGUUACGCAUUUUAGAUUUUGUUAUUCUCAUAUCUUAUCUAACUGUACGCUUACAUAUUUACGUUUCCUUUUUUUGUGCAUUUUUAAACUUCUUCCUAUAAAAUGCUUUUAUGGUAAAGCUGUUAAACAUAGAUGUGAUUCAGUAAAUAAAACUUUGAACCAA